AUGAAACAAAUGCUCACCUUACCUGAAUAUCGGCCCAGUGUACUUCCCGGUGGUGAUAAAACGUUUGAUUCAGCCUGGAAAAUGUUAUUAAAAAAGUUCCCGUCGAUCGAUAUUAAAUCCAGUCAGUCAAAUAUGCAACCAUUUUACAAUCAUCAAAAAGAAAUAUUUGCCGUUUUAUCAAUUUACUACUUCAACUUUGUUGAUGUUCUUGAUGUAAGAGAUCAUUUCAAUGAUCUGAUGGUGUGUUUAGGUUCAUCACAGAUAACCCUUGAUAUUACUGUAAACUUUGAUGUUACACGACUUUACUUAGAACUUGUUAGUAAUUAUUUUGCUAUGAUGUUUCUUAUCACACGUAUUGCAGACACUAAAGCUAUAUUGAUUUUGUUCAACUUUUUGUAUGAUCAACUGCAUGGUAAACAAGAGCCUAAUUAUCCACGUAUGGCAGAAAUGUUUACUGAAACACCUGAAGGUAUGCUUAAUCGUUUACACAAAGAGAUAAAUCCUCAUUGUCGAACAUUGUCCAAAGCUCUUCGAUCAUUGAAUGAUUUUUAUAAUCGGCGAACAGUAAGAGCUCAAAAUUGGAGUGAUGGACAUUUCUUAGAUAUUCUACACGAACCGAAUAAAAUAACACAUACAGUUCUCGGUGAACAGUUGGGUUGUGAAUUGAUACCAUAUGAAGUGAUGGAAAGAUGGAUAGUUUUUGGUUAUCUACUAAUAUAUCCUGAAUUGACUGAUGAAGAGUCAUUCAAUAGGUUGAAAGUAGCUCUACGUCAUUCUUAUGUUGUUGUAUUAUUCCGAGAAGAAGUGAUACACAUACAUUCACUUUUACAAUCAUUUCUUGAAUCUGCAUGGGUCAAUAAGGUAGGAGUGAAAAGAAUUAAUGAAAUAAAGGAGACUUUUUCAAUUGCAUGUUCACAGACAGCAAAAAUGCACGCUGAUAGACGAGCUUAUUUACGUUUAUCAUUACGCCAACUUCAUCUUAUUUUAGCCGAUGAACCUGGAUUAUUAGGUCCGAAAGCAUUUCUAGUAUUUUGGGGAUUAUCCUAUGCAUCAGAUGAAGUUCAUUGGCUUUUAAGACAUUCUGCUAAUCCAAUAAUGAAGAAAAAUACAAGUACAACUCGUACUGGUGGACCAUUUUCAACUGAUGAAUUCUGUGAUCCAUUUCUACCGGAAUUACUUUUCAGGAUGGAUGAACUACGUUCUUUAGUUGUUGUUAUGAUGGUCCUGGAUUGA